UAUCUUUAGUCAUCGGUAGGUGUGAGAAAUUUAACACGGCCAAUGUAUGGAUAUGAAUUCGGGUAUCUUAUAAUUUGGUAAAGAUAAAAACAUAUGCUUUGAAAGAAAAUAGUCUUAUCCCAAAUUAAAAUGGCGCUUAUGAUUCAAACUGCGUACAGAGCGAGUCAACAUGUAGCUUACCGACGAAUAUAUCCAAAUGUUUCAGAUCACACGUGUAUCAUACUAGGUGUAAGAAGAUUUUCAACAUCUUUGACAUUGCAAUUUGACCAAAGAUGGAGAGCUAAAAAAGGUCUCACAGCGAAUCCCAAUACUUUUGGUCCACUCACAAAUUUACCAGAUUAUUCCUUCAAGGAUGGUCGCCCAACGCCUUUGGGUGUCAGACAUAGAGAUCGCCUUGAGAAACAACGGGAAUAUGCGGAAAGAAUUAUAAAAUUGACACAAGAAAUUGAUUAUGCUGUGGAAAGACACGAUCGAUUACAAAAAGAAGAAGCGGCUAGAAUUCAGGCAAUUUUAGAUAGGAAACUGAAACCCAAAGGUCAAUUACUGGCAGCAAAACAACUUACGAUAGACCAAGACAAUUAAUUGCUGGUAGAGGAUUGUCAGUCACCAGUUCAUGAAUGAUUACUGUAUUAUUUGUAUUGUUAUUAUUUAGGAUUGCUUCUUAACAUGAAUAAAAUUAUUCUACCAAA